GACGUAUCGUCUGAGAGCGAGGAGCCUGAUGAAAGCAAUGAUGAAGAUUGGAGCACGGCCGAGUCAGCUGAGAAGGAUGGAGAGGUAACGGGGGACAGCGAGGGGAUCGAAGACGGUGAGCAAGCUGAGGAGGAUAUAAGUAUCAAUUUGAUCGAGGUUGAUGUUCACCAAAAGGUGACAGGCCUUAUCAGAGCUGAUAAGUGUGAGCGUCGCUGCCUUCAGGGAAAGGCUCAAGAGCUGCAGUCUCUGGUCUGCUCGGUCUCGCAGAUGACCAAGUCGGAGAGGAUGACGUUCGUCUACUCCAUGCUAGGUGUGCUUAUGCAAACGGACACGGUAGAGCGUCGCCGUGGCAAGGGCGAGAGAGAGAAGUUCAACUACUACCUGCCGUUCGUGGGCGCAGUGUGCCGCCCGUCAUUUGCCCGCUGCCUCGACCUGACACCCCUCACAAUUCAGAGGUACAAGUCUCGAGUGCGCGACGGCAGCAUUGCUGCUAAGGCACAUGGAAAUGUGCUGAACAAGAACGCGUCUAGUGUCGACAUUCCCUGGCUCAUCAAGUGGUUCAAAGAAUUUGCAGAAGAGGUGGGCGAGGUCGUCCCAGUCCGCGUUCGCAUGCAGAAGACCGUUGCCGGCAAGACCAAGAAGUAUUACAGCAGAGAAGACUACACGUUGCUUCCUGUCUACUUUACGUGGGACUCAGUGUACGGCGAGAUGCACGCAUACGUCGAACAGAUUCGACUGCGAGUAAGUGAGCCGGGGCGGUCCACUAUGGGGAAGCUUCUAGCUCAGCAUUGCCCCGAGAUUCGCAUUCGCUCG